GCUGAAAAAAAAACAUUAUUAUAAGUAUGACAAUCUUGAAGAUAGAUUGAAUGAUGUUCCAGAAAGAGUGCCCGAAGAACACUACAAGACGCUCCUAGCUUAUUGGGAGACGACCGCAGCAAAGAAAACAAGUUUGCAGAAUUCAGAAAAUCGUCGAGAACUAGACAACAUGCACACAGUUGGUCCUGUUUCUUUCGCCAUGAAGCAUGAAGAGAUGUUACGGAAAGAUGGUGUUGCACCAUCAAAAAGAAAGAUGUUUGAAGAGACUCGACGACGAAAGGAAGGAAAAACAUAUGAUCGGCCUUAUGAUGAUACUGAACAGAAGAUAGUAAUUAUUAUACAAUUCUUGUAUUUUAAUAUACAUACAAACUAGCUAUUGUAUCAUACACAUUGAAUUAACCAACUUAUUUUCUUUAAUAUAGCAAGCAAUGAGGAAGUUGGAAGCUUUGCAAGAUGGACAAAGCAGUGAUUCUCGUAAGGAUUCAUUUGUUGAAAAGGAUAUAAGUGCUGAAAAAGAAGAGUUAGCAAAAGAAAAGGAAGUCCAUGCUGCACAAGUUGCUACAGAAGCUGCUGAAAUGCAAAGAAAGUCAAAGGAACUUGAAUUAGAGGCCUUAAAACUACAACAAAUGCGUAGGGAAUUUGAAAGUCAACAAGAGAAUAUUACUCUUGAUGUGAUAGCUCUGUCAAUUGCACAACUACGCCAAAAAAAUCCUAGUUUGACACCUCAAAUGAUUGCAAAAGCUAUAGUGUCAGCCACUGCAGAUGGUCCAUAGCAUA